UUUGGGAAUCCCAUUCCCGACUUUUUCCCCAGGUGAAUUCCCUGGACGACAACGGGGUCCUGGUGGGGAACUGGACGGGGGAUUAUUCCCGCGGCACCAACCCCUCGGCCUGGGCCGGAUCCGUGGAAAUCCUGCGCGGCUUCCGCGCCUCCGGAGCCCCCGUCAGAUACGGGCAGUGCUGGGUGUUCGCCGGGGUCAUGACCACUGUGCUGCGCUGCCUGGGCCUCCCCACCCGCACGGUGACCAACUACAACUCCGCCCACGACACCGACGUGUCCCUGACCACCGACAUCUACUUCGACGAGAACAUGAAGCCCCUGGAGCGCCUCAACACCGACUCCGUCUGGAACUUCCACGUGUGGAACGACUGCUGGAUGAAGCGGCCGGAUCUGCCCGACGGCUACGACGGGUGGCAGGUGGUGGACGCCACCCCCCAGGAGACCAGCAGCG